AUGGCUCGCGCCGCCUUCCGUUUCCUGCGGCGGCGCGGCGACCGGGGCCGGAAGCCGCCGGCGCGGAGAGGGGAGCGCGGGGCACCGCGGCGGGCGGGUCUCGCGGCUCCGCCUCCUCCGGCGGCCUCCCCGCCCCCGCGGGCCGCGUCCCCCGUCGCCCCGGCCCCCUCGGCGACCCGCGCGCGGCGCCAGCCAGCCCGGGGACCGGGGAGGGCGUCGGCGGAGGCCGGGCCCCCAGACCCCCAGACCCGCGCGGGCCAGGCCGGAGCGAUCGGACGGCGGAAGGGACACCUGUUUUCGGGAAAAUCCCCGGAGCUCGGACGCCCCGCCUCUGGGCCCCUGGGUCGUGGGAUUCGGACAGACAGCCGCUUUGCCUCAGGCAUAAAUCAAAGAGGAAGACCAGCUACCCGGCCUGGAGGGAGGAUGAAAGGGAAGCGAAUGGAGGGAAGCCAUAGUGAAGAAUAAAGGACCCGGAGAGUCCGUGCUGGGCCAGAAACAACAAA